GAAGUUAUUGUAAUAUAUACACUCUGCUUUCUGCAUAAAUAAAAAGGGCUAUAUGCUCCAAACAAUAAUUAUAUUUCAUCUGACUAUUCGUAGUGAAAGUCUCAGCCUGUUUGUAUCUGUGGAGCAUUUUCUUGAGAAGAUUCAAACGCCAUUGAACGGGAAAUAAGCACGGUGCAGAGGGAAGGAUGGCUUCUCACAACAUGACAUGGAUCAGCUACCCAAGCAAGAACUUGGCUUUCAACUCCCCAGAAGAAAUUGAAGCCUUCAUAGCUUCUCAAAACAUUAUAUCAAGACUUAUGCACUGCUACAUCGCUUUUUUUGUACCAACAGGAUUAAUAGCGGGCGUAUGUAUUUUGAUCAUUCUCAUAAAGAAUUAUGUGCAGCACAAAGUCAUAGAAAACUUAGACUUGCUUCUUGUAGACUUCACCAUCAGCAAUAUUAUAAUGAUUCUUUUAUCAUUUUCUGUUAUCACUAGACCUGACUAUUUAAAAGCAACUCACCUCGCAUGUAACGUACUGUCAUUCUUUUUCAACUUCAGUUAUUUCAAUUCUCAGUAUGUUUUCUUGCUGACACUUCUCAUACUAUUACUGAAGAGAUUUCCACCAAGGACUGCUCUCAGCAAAGCAACUCAAAGACCCAUAUUGUGUGUUGGAUUUGUACUUAUAUAUGCCUUCUGCUUGUCACUGACUGAGGCAGUACUGGUUGGCACGGAUAACUACCACUUGGAAACAGACUGCCAGUUAGAUCCAUUAUUUGCAUGGCCUGAAUAUGAGAUCAUUAAAUUCACCUUUGGAUUUGCGAUCCCAUCAUUUCUUCAGAUACUCUGUUUUACUGUUCUCUUCACAAAAGAAGCACCUGCUGAAGCUCCAGCCUUACAACAGCACAUUCGUACUUAUCCUGCUGCGUAUAUUAUAAGCAUAACGAUAUUUAUAUGCCGUCUCUUUUACAACCUUAUGCUUCUCUUCAGGACAACAUUCAAAUUACAGAAGAGCAUUGGAACUCCAAAGAAUGAGCUUGUGAUGAAUAUUGCAGAAAUAGUGUUGUUCUGUGAGAGCUGUGCUAGUUUGGUAUUUCUACUUUGUUUUCAUAAACCAUGCAAGGAUGAAAUACUUAAAGUCAUCCAGAACUGCCGAAGGAAAAACACUGCCAACAAUCACCUGGAAAUACCAGUAGCAACUACAACCCAUGAAAGUGGGUCUCAGUAACACUUUAUUGUUCUGAGGAACUGUCAAUCCAUUUUACUUUUGAGUUUGUUUGUGGGUUUUGGUUCAUUUUUUCACUUCUUCAAAAAAGGGUAAUAGUUCCUUCUUUAGAAACCAAACUUGGACUGUCUUACAGCUAGCAGUUCUGAAUUAGAAAAAAAAAGAUUCUU